AUGGCCCGCGAAGAUGCUGUUUACCUGGCCAAGCUCGCCGAGCAGGCUGAGCGCUACGAAGAGAUGGUCGAGAACAUGAAGGAGGUUGCCUCCACUGAUGUAGAGCUCACCGUCGAGGAGCGCAAUCUCCUCUCCGUCGCUUACAAGAACGUCAUCGGUGCCCGUCGUGCGUCCUGGAGAAUCGUCACUUCCAUCGAGCAAAAAGAGGAGUCCAAGGGCAACGGUCCCCAGGUUACCCUUAUCAAGGAGUACCGCCAGAAGAUCGAGACCGAGCUCGCCAAGAUUUGCGAUGACAUCCUUGAGGUUCUCGACAAGCACUUGAUCCCCUCUGCCCAGAGCGGCGAGUCCAAGGUCUUCUACCACAAGAUGAAGGGUGACUACCACCGUUACCUUGCUGAGUUCGCCAUUGGCGACCGCCGCAAGGGCGCUGCCGAUGCCUCCCUCGAGGCCUACAAGAGCGCUACUGAGGUCGCUCAAACCGACUUGGCUCCUACUCACCCCAUUCGUCUCGGUCUCGCCCUGAACUUCUCCGUCUUCUACUACGAGAUCCUCAACUCCCCUGACCAGGCCUGCCACCUGGCCAAGCUUGCCUUCGAUGAUGCUAUUGCCGAGCUUGACACCUUGAGUGAGGAGAGCUACAAGGACUCCACCCUGAUCAUGCAGCUUCUCAGAGACAACCUGACGCUCUGGACCUCGUCGGAGGCCGAGACGGCUGCUCCCGAGUCCAGCGCUCCUGCCGAUAAGGAGGAGGCUGCUCCUGCCGAGGAGAAGCCCGCUGCCGAGUAA